AUGUUUGAUUUACCCGAAGCCAAACGUAUACGCCGGGAUGAAGUCCAAUCCCCCGCUUCGUCGCGUUCACCGUCCCCGGUCGAUCAAUCGGAAUUUGAAGAUGCCCACGCUCGCCUGGGGAAAUUGCUCAAUCUCGAUGAGUUGAUCGGGAUCAAUGCGCCAACAGACAAUGCGGACAAUGCACCGCUAGCCCCAGGUGCCGAUGAUGAGGACGAGGAGCAGGAGUACGAAUUUCGGCUAUUCAGCGCCCCGACAAAACCAACACCCACCACUGAAACCUCUGGAGAUACCACGGGAAAGAAGAAUUCUGAUGGCAAGCCCUCGGAAGGAGGAGAUAAACCUAGUUCGGGAACACAGAAGCUUCGGAUCAGAUUGAAUUCACCAACAGCAGCCUCAGGCGAGGGUAAAUUCGUCAAGGCAUUCCGUGGAUGGCAGUACUAUUUUUCAACAUCUUCAUUAUGGAACGACAGCGGAGACAAAUCCGAAGAAGAAGCGGAUCAGGCAGAGAAAAAGAAGCAAUUCGAAGAUACUGCCGUUACGGGCGAGCAUGUGCUAUCUUGGACCAAAUCGCAGCCAUGGCCUGGCUGCCAUCUCCCAUGGAGAGUAAUCCAUCUCAAGCGACACCAGACGAAACUGCCACCAAAGGAUAAAGAUUUACCCAUUUAUGUGGUCGAGGGCGCACUGCCAUCCAAGUCACCGAAAACUCGCAAGAAGCCUGGGAAGAAGCGCCGGGUCAUGUUGCGGAAGCGUGUGGCGGCGGCUCAAGUAGCUAAGGAGAAUGAUGCUGAGAAGCGGACCCGGAAAAACCGCGAGCGAAAGCUCAAACGUCGGCAGAAGGCCCGCGAGGAAAAGGCGGCAGCCGUGGCUGCAGCUGGUGGUGAUGUUUCCAUGAUAGAUGUGGAUGGUGCUUCUUCGGCGGGGGAUGAUUAG